AUGAGCCAACUUCCAACUCAGACCAACAUCACCAACCAUCUCACCCGUGCAAAGCGGAUCAAAAGUGAGCCGCCAGCAGACGAGGGUCCAAUGGAUGAUGGGUCUAAUCCACAUCGCCACUCGCAAACGCACACACAGCGAGACUCCAACAACAGCUCGCCAGCCCGCACCAUACUACAACCGGGUCGGGGACAAGUCAUUGCAAUGAGCCAAGCAGACUCCAAAACCAACCCCAAGAAAUCUGAGACCGGCGGUAUGGAGCCGCCUGAAGGUCGCAGCCUCAAUCCGGGCCCUAUGAAGAGCUCAAGCACUGCUGCAACUCCAAGACGUGCGAGGAGAACACGCGACGAGCUCCGUGAACUUGCGAACAGUGGUAACGCCAAAGCGACUGCCGAGCUUGAAGCUCAACUGGAGAAGGGGAGGAACUCGCAGCGGAAAAGAAAAGAGCAAGCCGCAGCGGGGUUACCAAGUGCAGUAGCUUCCAAGGAGAAAGACCGGAAGCGUAGUCAAGACCUCAGUGCCUUGCGCCGCAGCACAGCACAGCUGAAGCAGCAGAUCGAAACUGGCGACCAAGGAGCUGUUGCCAUGCUGAAGUUGGUGGAAGAGGCAUAUCUCACCAAAUAUCCCAAGAGCAAGCUGAGCACAGUCUCCAGCAAUGCCAACAUGCAAGGACCUUCCGGAAGCCUUCAAAGCGACAAGCCCACCAAGAAGCCGGCUAAACGCAAGGCCGAUGAGGACGAUGAGGAAUACAUUGAAGCCAAGAGACGCAAAUGGCGUGAGGCCAAGCAGAAACGGCGAGAGAAACUGGUCAACCUACCCGAGCAAGAAAAAGAAGCCGUCCCAGCCACCAACCUGCGUUGGGCCAAAGGACGUACGCUCAGAUCCUCACACGACCAGCACGGCCAACCAACUCCGCAAACCGCAUCGCCAGCCUCCACCCCAGUCACGACUCCCGAUGCCACGACCGAAGGAAUCGAGCCAACACCGACCACUGAGCCCGAACCCCCUCAAACCGAGCCCCCGGAACAAAUUCCGACCUCAACACCACCAACGCCAACUCCCAACACCAUCGACCUCGAAGACCCCGACCUCGAAUUCCUAGAAACCCGUGCACUCCCCAAACCCAACCCCAACAUCCUCACCUCAAUCCACCAACGCCUCGGAGGAACCUUCCAUCCCCAUCAACAUCAGAAGAACGACGACGACGAUGAUGUCGAGACCACGAAGCUGCGGAUCCGACAGAAGGAGAUUGAAGAAGAGAAAAUCGAGCUUCAACUCAAACUUCGGCGGCUGCAGCGUUCUCAACAGGGUCCUGAUGGAAGAAGGGACGAGAGGAGGGUUAUUAAGAGUGAGGUGGGGAUGGAUGAGGGGGGGGGGGGGGUGGGGAAAGUGGAGUUCAGCAUGAGUGAGCAAUGCGGCUCGUUCUGGUUGCUCAUACCAACCACAUCAGCAUUCAGCAGAGAGAAGAUCCGAAGGACAAUAAAUGAAUGAACACGACAUCAAUUCCCCAGCUCCCUACCUCACUCACUAUCUAAUCAACACGAAUACUAACAAUCCUAACAUCCUCGACCGGCUUCUCCUUAUAAACCUUCGAAUUCUCAAUCAAAUGCACAACAUCCAUCCCCUUAACCACACGCCCAAAGAUCGUAUGCUUAUCAUCCAACCACGGCGUCCGCUCAGUCGUGAUGAAAAAUUGGGAAGCAUUGGUGCCAGGUCCGGCGUUGGCCAUGCUGACAGUGUAAGGUUUGUCGUGACGAAGUUCCGGCGUGAAUUCGUCUUCGAAUUCCUUGCCCCAGAUCGAUUCGCCACCGGUUCCAUCGCCCAAGGGAUCACCGGUCUGGAUCAUGAAUUUCCGGAUCACGCGGUGGAAGAUGAUGCCGUUAUAGUAGUUCUUUCGGGAGUGCACGGUGAAGUUCUCGACUGCUUUUGGAGCGUGUUGGGGGAACAGGCGGAUCGAGAUGUCGCCCAUGGUUGUGUGGAUGGUUGCGCUAGUGCCCAUUCUGGCCUCUCGUUCUUCUUCUUCUUCUUUCUUCUUGGAUGCUGCUAAGGUUCGUGGUUUCUCGUUGUGGAUGUCGCGAUCUGAUUUGGAGACGCUGUUGUCGUUGGUGAACAUGUAGAAUCGAACCUUUGCGCAUCCUGUUGUGACGAGCAUGGCAUCUCGUGCUUCGGCUGCUUCUAGUAGGGGGUUGCUUGACGCUGCCAUUUGUGCAGUGACGAGGCCUUUCUUUGCUGGUGCGCCUUGGUAUAAGGUCAAAUUCAGCGGUCGGAAGGCUUCUUCUCGGCCGUAAAGCUUGACCAUGCGAUUGGAAAAAGUGUUGAUAACUUUAGUUCCGAGUAUGCUGCCGUACAUGACGAAAUGUCCGCUCUCGUCAAAGAUGACAUUGAUGCGAUUGCGAAUGGCUGGAUUUUCCAGCUCCCGCUCCACAGCCAUGCGUCUGCCGAACUCAAUUGGAUCUAAAGGCUCUGUGCUCAAUGUUCCAGCUUGCUGCAUAUCAUUGAUCGUGGCUAAGCUCUCAUCGUACGUUCGAUAUAGCUUGCCGGAAACAAAGUCGAAGACGCGAACUUUCCGAUCUGGAAAAGAGAAAGUUGCGAAUUG